CUUCUACGACGCCAAAUUCGUGGAAGCAGUUUCAUCGAUUCCGGCUUCACUGAAACGGCGUCACCAGACGCUUGUUAUUCCGACGACUACGUCUUCGAGGCGGUUUCUGAUUAACUUCCGGCGAUAAUGGCAAACAGAACAGAUCCGUUGGCCAAAAAUAUCAGAGGUACGAAUCCGCAGAAUCUGGUAGAGAAGAUUGUGAGAACGAAGAUUUACCAGCACACGUUUUGGAAGGAGCAAUGCUUUGGUCUCACAGCGGAGACGUUGGUUGACAAAGCUAUGGAGCUCGACCAUCUUGGUGGUACCUUUGGUGGUAGCCGCAAGCCUACUCCGUUCCUUUGCCUCAUAUUGAAGAUGCUACAAAUCCAGCCUGAGAAGGAAAUUGUCGUGGAGUUCAUAAAAAACGAUGAUUACAAAUAUGUUCGUAUUCUUGGUGCUUUCUAUCUCCGCCUCACUGGGACUGAUGUUGAUGUCUAUCGCUACCUCGAACCUCUCUACAAUGACUACCGGAAAGUGAGACAAAAGUUAGCUGAUGGGAGGUUUUCGUUGACACAUGUGGACGAAGUCAUUGAGGAACUUUUAACCAAGGAUUAUUCUUGUGAUAUUGCAAUGCCACGCUUGAAGAAGAGGUGGACGCUUGAACAGAAUGGUCUUUUAGAGCCAAGGAAAAGCGUUUUGGAAGACGACUUUGAAGAAGAAGAAGAAAAGGAGGAGAAUGAAGGGAUUGCUGAUGGAUCUGAAGAUGAGAAGGAUCAUCAACGUAAGAGUCCUGAAAGAGAAAGAGACAGAGACAGAGACAGGAGACGCGACAGUCAUAGACACAGGGAUCCUUCCUCCGUCUCUAUCGAUCGCCUUCUGAAUUUUCCGGCGGAAAAGCAAAUGUCCGUUAAUGACAGUAUCGAUCCUCGGUUCCUAUUCCACGUUGAAGAUGAAUCUUUGCGUUUCCGUGUUGGAGAUUCCGGUACUAAGAGCCGGGAGCUCGAAACCGUCGGCGAUCGCCGUUUUAGAAUUUCUGGAAUCCAGCAAGGUUUCUGUGGAAAUAGACUUGAGAAAUAUGAAACCAUGUAUUCCGAUGGAGAUGAUGACGAGGACGACGAUUCUAUCCGAAGAAGAACUGCUCUGAUUCAGCCUGGUAUUGAUUCCGGUAACAACUAUGAUUCUGCAGCUGCAGCUGAAGAAACCAACAGAGAAAGUAAAAAUCCAGGUUCAGUUGGUUGGGAAAUGGUUGUGAGAGAAGAUGAUGAGGAAGGGAAAUCAUCGAUUGAUCGCCAUGAAAUGGAGUUUAAGGUGAUGAUCACUAACCCAGAUGGUAACGUAUCUAAUUCCCGCCAUAACACUCAGCCAAAGCGAGAUUUUGCUUCUGUGGAGAAAGAGAAAGUCACUACUUCUAGUGUCAGCUCUUGGGAGUCUCUCAAGGCCAUCCUCUCUGAUCCUGUCACCGGAGCCUUGAUGAAUGAUGCUACGAUACUGCCUUGUGGACAUUCUUUUGGUGCGGGGGGAUUAAUACAAGUUAAAAAAAUGAAAGCAUGUUUCACAUGUUCCCAACCUACUUUAGAAGGAUCAGAAAAGCCAAAUCUCUCUCUCAGAAUUGUAGUUCAUGCUUUCCGCCAAGAAGAAGAAUCAGAUCAUAUUCACACUCUGAAGCGAAGGAAAGAAAGGUCGGAUCAGCAUAAGAGAAGUUUCUGUAUCCCAAACAUCACUGAAACUCCAAAGAGUAGCCGAGGCAUACAGGUUCCUUUCUCCAUUGGAGAUCAUAUUAUCAUAGAGGGAAACAAAAGAACACCUCCUCGGUUUGUCGGACGCAAGGCUGUUAUAAUGACACAAUGCUUAAAUGGAUGGUACGUUGUGAAGACAGUGGACAAUGCAGAGUCUAUUAAGUUACAACAUUGCUCACUUGCUAAGAUUUCAGACAAUUCAUCUGCCAAGGUAACAGUAGCUGAAAUGGCACCGUCUUGGCUCUAACUCGUAGAAAGCUUAUCCCUGUGGCUGCAGAAAUCAGAAGCAUCUGUAAUUUUUUGGUUCAUGAGAAAAUAGAUACUACGUUUGAUUAUGUAGUAUAGGAACGAGACACCAAUUCUCUGUAUUAAAUCCAGUGUUUUUUA